UUUACUUCCGGUUUUUGGCGCGGUCACAAUGAAUCUCGACCUGCUUGAGACAUUUGGCCAGAAUUAUCCAGAGGACUUUGAUGGUGCUCUGGACUGUGUGAGCAUUGCUGUGACCUGCUCCUUCAACAGACAAGGAACACUCCUAGCUGUUGGCUGCAAUGAUGGCAGGAUUGUUAUCUGGGAUUUCCUCACUCGGGGAAUAGCCAAGGUUAUCAAUGCUCAUGUCCAUCCAGUCUGCUCCAUCAGCUACAACAGGAAUGGUCGGAAGCUGCUGAGUGCCGCCACAGACAACACUGUCAGUGUGUGGAACGUGCUGACCGGGGAGUGUGACAGGGUCUUCCGCUUCCCGUCCCCCGUCAUCAAAGUACAGUUCCAUCCCAGAAACAGUGACCAGUUCCUGGUUUGUCCGCUCAAGCAUGCAGCCGUGUUGAUGACUGUUGAGGGCUCGCAUGAACUCCUUCCUCUAGAUGAAGAUUCUGACUUGAACAUCGUGGCAUCGUUUGACAGGAGAGGCAAGUACAUCUACACCGGCAAUGCCAAGGGGAGGAUUCUGGUUUUCACAGCUGGUAAGCUGGAACUGUUGGCUUCAUUCCGAGUGACGACAGGGACACUUAACACCACCGCAAUCAAGUCCAUUGAGUUUGCCAGGAGAGGAGAGUGUUUCUUGGUGAACUCUGCUGACAGGAUUAUUCGUGUGUAUGAGAGUGGGGAGGUGUUGGCGUGUGGGAAGGACGGCGAACCCGAGCCCAUCCAGAAGCUUCAGGACCUGGUCAACAAGACGCUGUGGAAGAAGUGUUGUUUCUCCGGGGAUGGGGAGUACAUCGUGGCUGGCUCGGCCCGACAACACUCCCUCUACAUCUGGGAGAAGGGUGUCGGCAACCUUGUCAAGAUUCUACACGGCACCAAGGGGGAGCUGCUUCUGGACGUCGUUUGGCAUCCAGUGAGGCCUAUCAUAGCCUCGAUAUCCAGCGGGUUGGUCUCCAUCUGGGCACAGAACCAAGUGGAAAACUGGAGUGCUUUUGCUCCAGACUUCAAGGAGCUUGAUGAGAAUGUGGAGUAUGAGGAGCACGAGUCCGAGUUUGACAUCGAUGAUGAAGACAAGGAGAAGGAAGAGGCUAAAGGGCCUGAUGCGGAGGACACUGAGGUGGAUGUGACAACCGUGGAAGCCAUCCAGGCAUUUGUCAGCAGUGAUGAAGAUGAUGAGGACUACACAGCGCUUCUGUAUCUGCCAGUGUCCCCGGAGAUCGAUGAGCCGGAGGAGGGGUGGCAGGCUUUGGCUGAAGCUUGGAAGUCGGGCCAAGAGACAGUCAGCCAGGGGGAAGAACCACCCGUAGUCCAGGAGAAGAAGAGGAAUCUACCGCUGGCUGACACUACACCACCUCCUAAAAAGAAGAAGACGAAACCACUUGAGAUUGACCUGCCUGAUGCACCGUUUGAUGAAAUUCAUCCACUGCUGAAUGUGAAGAAACCUCAAGAAAAAUCUCAACAGCGGAAACAGACGCGGCCGCCCAAACCACGAACAUCCAAACCUGAGAAAUCGCGACACAAGACGAGGGACGAGAGUUACAGCUUGAAGGAAAAUGUAUGAAGAAAAUCAUGGCAGUAUUUCAAGAAAACCAGAUCCUCAGGAUGAUCGCCAUGGCAACAAGUGUGGAUGAUGGAUGAAGAUGUUGGGAGAUGCGCGGCCAUGAUGGAAAUGGACCCUACUUCAAUCAACCACUUGGAUGAGGUGGAAGACUUUAGAUUCUGUGUGGACAGAUACAUGCUUGCCAGAAUGUUAAAUGGAAUUGCAGUUGGACCAGUGAUGGAUGGAUAGAAGUUCACGUUAGUGUUGUGGGAUUAUUGCAGACUUUGCUGGAUCCAGGGCUGAGGAACUGCUCAUAUUUUGCAUACUGAAACUGCUAUUGGUGCAAGGCACUGAUGCUAGAGAUAGGUUUGCUUCUGAGGAAGUCUUGGAGAUUUCUCGGUAGAGUUAGUGUCGGCCGUCAAAGAUGUCUGUCAUAGACUGGACGACUGAAGUGGAAAUUGACUAAAUAUGGCCUGGCUGAUUGUGAGUCGUCAGAAAAGGUCAUAUUGUUGACCACCAGUUUGCCUGGUCCAGAAUUCAUUGAUUAGACUGCUGUGAAAUAGCUGAAAUAUUGCUGACUUCAGCAUUCACUCACUACCCCUGGAUAGUGGAGUGAACGAAUGACAUGGACAGAAGCUCAUACUGUUGAAAACAGAUUGUCCAGAAGGAAUUAUUUACAGAGUGUGAAAUAGCUGAAAUAUUGCUGACUUCAAGAUAAACAACAUUCACUCACUACCUCUGGAUAGUGGAGUGAAUGAAUGGUAUGGACAGAAGCUCAUACUGUUGAAAACAGAUUGUCCAGAAGGAAUUAUUUAGUCUGCGAAAUAGCUGAAAUAUUGCUGACUUCAAGAUGAUCAACAUUCACUCACUACCCCUGGAUAGUGGAGUGAGCGAAUGGCAUGGACAGAAGCUCAUACUGUUGAAAACAUAUUGUCCAGAAUGAAUUAUUUAGUCUGCGAAAUAGCUGAAAUAUUGCUGACUUCAAGAUAAACAACAUUCACUCACUCACUCUGGGUGAUGAAGUGACCCAGGAUCAUGGACAGAUGUUCAUGUUGUCAACCAUUGGUUGACCUAUGCAUGGCUAUGUACAGGAUAUCAUCAAUAAUAGUACACAACUUAUGAAGCUCAAGACUCCACACCUUGCCCGGCGUGUGGAGGCAGCUGAAAGCCUUAACUUGUAAAUACAGUAUUACAUGAUAGCUGCUAUACACAAGGUGUACAUAGUGCUGCUGAAAUAAACUAUACAAACAUAGA